AGCUACUGAAAAAAACCUCCAGACAAAUAUAUAGGCCUAAACGUUUUGGGUAUUGCUUGCCUGCCCUCAUAUUUAUUUAGGCAAAUGUGUUGGUUGGGCUAUGUUUUAACCGGGCACUACAGAAUAAAGACCGACCCGCUGCAACAAACAAACGGCCGUGAGUUAUUACAUAAAUCCUGGUGACAUAACCUCUGAGCGGAGCUCGGGCCGAAAGCCAGGGCGCAAAGAGCAAGCGGGUUGAAACCGGAGUAGCCUGAACUGCUUGUACAAGGAAGUUCGUUGCAAAAAUGAAGUUGGCUGAUAUUAUCCUCACGUGAAGACAAUAUGGAAUAUGGAGAGAGAAUGACAAAAUGACAAAGACGUUGUCAGAGUAAAUGAGCGUACUGACUCUAACAGAGAUGGUAGUGCAUGUUUGAUAGCGCAUGCGCCGUCCCUGCCUCUAGAACAGCAGGUAGUUCUAUAUAUUUAGAAUUAAAGAUCCAAAGUUUUUGAAGUUAUUUAUGGUGCAUUGCAUACUAAGUGCAUAUCAAAACGCGCGGUAGAAUAGACAAUAAAAAGGGGUGUGUAGACACGCUUGUCCCAGGAGUGUGAAGUGGCGUAGUGUGUGUCAGAGCCAGGUGCAAGCACACGCAGUUUGUUUUGACCGGGGGAGUUAUGGAAUUUGAGGAGCACGAUUCACCCGAACACAUCACUACAGAAGAACCAAUCAAAAGAGGAGACACUGUGUCCAAGAAGACUCAUUUGAGAGACACUGUGUCCAAGAAGACUCAUUUGACUCAGAUUGAGGUGAUUCCCUGUAAGAUCUGUGGUGAUAAAUCAUCAGGAGUUCACUAUGGAGUCAUCACCUGCGAGGGCUGCAAGGGUUUUUUCCGGCGUAGCCAGCUGCCGUCCGUGUCCUACUCCUGUUCCAGACAGAGUAACUGUCCUAUAGACAGAGCCAGCCGCAACCGCUGCCAGAGCUGCCGACUGCAGAAGUGUGUGACCCAGGGCAUGAGCCGGGAUGCGGUGAAGUUUGGUCGGAUGUCGAAACGUCAGCGGGAGUCUCUGCAUGCCGAGGUGGAGAGACACCGUCAGCAGCAGCAGCAGCAGCAUCUCCAGGCAGAGGCCCAGCCCGCCCUGCCCUGCCCCAGCAAGGCAUGCCGUUUCCGGACACCCCACCUGCUCCAGGCCCCGGCUCCGGCCUACUCCUUCCCUGGAGAGCCAGAGCUGCCACCCUGCCCGACAGAUGUGCUCCCCUACCUGGUGUGCUCCCCAGGCGAGUCCCAGGCUCCAGGUCUGGCCUACCAGGGCUCCUGUGUGUCUCCUGGUAGUGGGCACUCAGACGAAAGAGGGUUCGACUCCCGUCAGCCGUCUCCUGACCAGACGAUAGGGAUGGGAAUUAGAUCGUAUGACCCAGAAGACCCCUACUGCCCUUACCCCUCCUCCCACUCCCUGCUACACAUAGAGAGGCUGUGUGACAGUAUCGUGCGGUCCCAUAGGGACACCAGUCAGUUCAGACUAGAGGAACUACAGGCUCUGAGAUGGAAGUUGUUCAGCAGAGAGGAGAUCCAUGCCUACCAGAGCAAGUCAGUAGAUGAGAUGUGGCAGCUCUGUGCCCUGAGGCUGACUGAAGCGGUACAGUACGUGGUGGAGUUUGCCAAAAGCAUCCCAGGGUUCCGUGGGCUUGGACAGAACGACCAGAUCACCCUGCUCAAGACUGGAUCGAUGGAGGUGGUUCUGGUUAGAAUGAGCAGGUGUUUUAACACAGAGAACAGCACCGUCUUCUUCGAUGGGAAGUUUGGUAGCACUGAACUUUUCAAGUCUCUGGGCUGUGGUGAUCUGAUGGUGGCGGUGUUUGACUUCGCUCACAGAAUGUGUGCCCUGAGACUGACUGAGCAGCAGAUGGCUCUCUUCAGCUCACUGGUGCUCAUUAACCCUGAUUGCCCCUGUCUUGAGGAUAGAGGCAGAGUACAUAGAAUGAGAAGAGACUUGGAGGUAUGCCUCAGCCACAUGCUACGCAGAGACAACCAGGAGAGCCUUCAGGACAAGCUCUACCAGAAGGUGUCAGUGUUGCGGUCUCUGUGCAGUCUUCAUGUGGAGAAGCUGCACUGGUUCAGCCAGCGCUACCCGCUCACCGUCCACUCUGUCUUCCCUCCUCUAUACAAGGAGCUGUUCACCUCUGACCUGCCUUCUGUGGACUCCCUGUGAACUCCCUCUGAACUGCACCGUACAUGUUGACAGAUAAUUAGACAAAGAAACAUAUGCAUACAGAAGUAGACAGACACACACAGACACAUACACAGAGACACAGACACACAAACUUAGACACACAGAGACACAGACACAUGAGAAUGCAUUGAUAACAUGAGAGGAAAUUACUUUGAAUGCUUCACUUGUUGAAUAAAUAUGUUUUUGUCAUUUCAGAGAGCAAUGAUUUGAUUUGAUGAUUAUUUCAGUAGCCUAUUAGUGAUUGGACAUUGAAGCGAUUUUCAUGCAAAACAAUGUUUUAUAUGUUGUUGUUUUGUUUUUCCUUUUUGAGAGUGUUAUUUCGUCCUUGAGAUGAUGUAUGUUAUUUUGUCUCAGGGUGGCUGUUGUGACUGUAUCCAGACCAGUUGCUAGCUGGUAUAAAUGACCAUAUUUAGAUGAUCUCUAUGAAAUCUAAUGAGUGUUUUCUGAGUUGUUUUUAAAUGUGUGACUUUACAGAGUUGGCUAACCCAUCAGACUGAGUACCUGAACUAUAGCCCAUGGGCCCCAUGCUUCAGGAGCCAAACACACAGUCAAGUAUAUAGCUAGUCUUCUCAAUGAACUGUGUGUGGAUCGAAUUUGACCAACAAUCCUAUCUGUCUCUAUCGAGCUUUAAAAGAGGCUGUGUGUUGCAUUAAAACAGAGUCAGAAAUCCUAGACAGGCAGAAAUGUAAAUAUGAAUAAUCUAGAACAUAAACUUGGAUGCUGGGUAAUAUUGCUGUAGGCCUACAGUAUGUAGGUAGGCAUUUGAAUUACUAACUUUGGGCAUGACUGUUAUUGUAAACGUGUCAGAUUUGUUUCUUUUUACAUGCUCUCUGUUAGUUUGUCUCCUAAGUGUUACCAUGGUGAUUCCCAUUGAAAAGGCUUCCAAUAAACUGCUGAUAUGAUUUAAAAAAUGA